UUUCACUAUUUUUUAUUUUCUACUUUUUGCAAACAAAAAAUUUCUCUCAAAAACUUUUCAAUUGUUUUAAACAUUUACCCAAUAAAAAACGCAUUUAUUUAAACAUUUUCAAUAAUGGCUCACUACAAAGGUGCAGCCAGCGAAGCUGGCCGUGCUAUGCAAUUGAUGAAAAAACGUGAAAUUGCCCAACAAGAAAUUGAAUUCCGUAAGAAAAAAAUCGAAGAAGAUUUAAAAAUUUCCAACAUCGAAAAUAAAUUUGCCAGCCACUACGAUGCUGUGGAACAACAACUUAAGACCUCAACCAUUGGUUUGGUCACUUUGGAUGAAAUGAAAGCAAAGCAAGAAGAUAUUGUUAGAGAACGUGAAAAAAAAUUAGCUCAAAAGAAAGACGAAAAAGAAAGGGAAAAGUUGAGGGCUCUUGAAGCUAUUCAAGCUGAAAAAAAUAAACAAAAAAGACAAAUUCAAGCAUUGUCAUUUACUUUAGAUGAAGAUGAAGCUGAAGAAGAGGAUGAGGACAUAAAACCUCUUGAAAUUAAGCCAAUUAAGAAAUGGCGAACUGAGGAACAAUCCGAUGAACCGCAGAAGAAGAAAAUCUGCAAAAAUCCCGACGUAGACACUUCAUUCCUUCCCGAUCGGGAGCGUGAAGAACGAGAGAAUCGUCUUCGUGAAGAACUACGUCAGGAAUGGGUCGCCCAACAGGCUGCUUUGAAAGACCAAGAAAUCACAAUAACCUUCAGUUAUUGGGACGGUUCUGGCCAUCGUCGAAGUGCGACAAUGAAAAAAGGCAAUUCCAUUUAUCAAUUCUUGCAAAAAUGUUUGGAAGUUUUGCGUAAAGAAUUCAAUGAAUUGAAAACUGUUAUGGCUGAUCAAUUGAUGUAUGUUAAAGAGGAUUUGAUUCUCCCUCAUCAUUAUACUUUUUAUGAUUUUAUUGUAACAAAAGCGAGAGGUAAAAGUGGACCAUUGUUUCAAUUUGAUGUUCAUGAUGAUGUUAGGAUGAUUAGCGAUGCAACGGUGGAGAAAGAGGAAUCACAUGCUGGUAAGGUUUUGUUGAGGAGUUGGUAUGAGAGGAAUAAGCAUAUCUUUCCGGCUAGUCGAUGGGAGCCGUAUGAUCCGACAAAGACUUAUGAUAAGUAUACUAUUAAAGAUAAGAAUAAUAAAAAAUAAAUUUGUGUUGAAAGUAAGUUUUGUUUGGUUUGUGUAUUUUUGUUCUAAUUCAACUCUAAAGUCUAGUACGCUGCU